CGUCGAAUCAAAGGGCUGUACGCAACCUUUAUCGGUGACGUUUCAGGAAACCAGCACUUUCUGAAACAAUAUUAUAUCCGAAUAAAUCCAUUUGACCGUUAUAGUACAGACAAACGCUAUAGUAAAUCAAUCUGCAAUGGAAACGUGUACUCUUGUAUCGAUGUCCAUUCUGCUUGGUGUCCUUGUCAGAUGGGGAGUUUCAUUCAAUUCAUAUUCAGGUGCAGGUAAACCACCAAUGUUUGGAGACUAUGAGGCACAAAGGCAUUGGCAAGAAGUGACGUACAACCUGCCCAUACAGGAAUGGUAUUUCAACACGACUGAUAAUGACCUGAACUACUGGGGUCUUGACUACCCCCCUUUGACUGCCUUCCAUAGCCUGCUAUGUGCUCAUGUAGCUAAGCUGAUCAACCCUGAAUGGGUGAAGCUGCUGGGAUCCAGAGGGUACGAAAGCCCAGCACACAAGCUGUUCAUGAGGGCCACAGUUCUUGCUGCAGAUCUGCUGGUCUACAUCCCUGCCGUGGUUUUAUACUGUUGUUACCUUACCAAUGGCUCCACCAAUAAGAAGGUCGGCACCUUGCUCUGCAUAUUGCUCUACCCAGGACUCAUACUCAUCGACUAUGGCCAUUUCCAGUACAAUGGGUUGAGCCUGGGCCUGACCCUGUGGGGGGUGCUGGGACUGGGUCUGGGCUGGGAUGCCCUCGGUUCCCUGGCCUUCUCUCUGGCACUCAACUACAAACAGAUGGAACUCUACCACGCCCUGCCCUUCUUCUGCUACCUACUGGGGAAGUGUGCCCGACAGGGCUUAACAGGAAGAGGGCUGUUCUCGCUUGUGAAGAUCGCAGUGACAGUGUUGGUGACCUUUGCCCUCUGCUGGCUGCCCUUCCUGUCUGACCCCGAGCAGGCCUUGCAGGUACUCCGGAGGAUCUUCCCUGUUGCAAGAGGUCUCUUUGAGGAUAAGGUGGCAAACGCAUGGUGCAGCCUAAACGUCCUGAUAAAGAUCCGCUCCAUCUUGUCCUCGGACUCUCAGUUCUACCUAAGUUUCGCCGUGACUCUUCUAGCCAUCACACCCUCCUCACUGAAGCUUCUGAAGACGCCCACGUUCUGGCAGUUUAAACUGGCUCUGGUCAAUUCCUCUUUGGCCUUUUUCCUCUUCUCCUAUCAAGUCCACGAGAAGUCCAUCCUCUUAGCUGCCCUGCCGGUCUGCCUCCUGCUCAACGAUCUGCCCUUGGUGGCCAUUUACUUCCUCCAGGUCUCCACGUUCAGCAUGUUGCCGUUGCUACUAAAGGACGGCUUGCUGAUGCCCUAUGCAGUGACCUCGCUGGCCUUCCUCGUCCUCAGCACCCACCUGCUGUCUGCGCUGGAGCGCUGCACAGAGGCCCAGCUCCGGCUGGAGGGCUACCGCAGGCUGGCCGCGUGGCUGCCUGCAUGGCUGCCACGUCUGGACCUGGCCCGCAUCAUCCGCCGGAAGUUUUACAGUAGUUUGGUGUUGAUGGUGGGUCUGAGCGUGGCUAGUGUGGCGCUGCCCCCUCCAGCAGGGCUGCCUGACCUGUUUCCUGUGCUGGUGUCUACCUUCUCCUUUCUCCACUUCCUGGGAACAUUCAUCUACUUCAACAUCGUCCAGCUCAGCACGCCGCAGGGCAAACAGAAGACCUUGUGAAACUGGUGAAAGUUAGGCGACCCGUAUGGCACGAUCAUGCUUCAUGAAAAAGAGUUGACGUUGGGGACUGGAAGGGCUUGAGACAUUGUUUUAACUCGUGUGGAUCGACCACAAGCAUCAUGGGACUUGUAGUGCUCGCAGUUCACCAAUCGAGUGGCAAUCUAUACUUCAUUGCAUCCUUUUUGAAUUUUUGUGUUUUCUAUUUUUUACCAACUAUUAAAAAUGUGUCUUUAGAACGUCA